AUUUGCCUUUCAGGGUUCCUCGUACUCACGUGACAACGACGCAGCUAAAUACUUCCGGCGUGGACAGCUAUCAUGACAGUGUAUUAUGAAAAAGAAUAAUGUGCUACUUUAAAACGUUUUAUGAUGCUCAGAAGUGAUGCCAGUAAGUCCAGUUCUGGAAAGGAGGACGGAGACAUCAGUAAACAUUCACCGAAUAAACGGGGAUCGUCAGCUUUGGUCUCAGAUCAGAGAAUUGCCCGGGGCUAUGGCAGCGGUUAUGGAAUUAACGGCAACCUUUUGGGAUACCGAACCCAAGGUCGGAGUGACACUGCAGGAAAUGUGGAUGUUGCCCCUCCUGCAGACGGUGUGAAUGGGGAGAAACAAAUUUUUAGAGAUGGGACGUUGAAAGAUCGAAGGGUCGUCAUCAAGCAGCUGGGCAUUAGCAGCACAGAUUUUAUUGGGCCUCUGUGUCGGCCACAAAAACCCAAGUCUAAAGCGGAACUGAAAUCUAAAGCCAAACCCAAGCCUAAAGCGAAACCCAGGCCUAAGGCUAACUUUGAGAAUGAGCUCAGCGAGUUCUACAAAGAACUGGAGGAGCUUGAACCGGCGGACUGCGUGGACGGCAGCGCAGACGAGCGCGCGGACGAGAGCAACUCUGGGGCCUGGGCAGCCCGAAACCCACCCCCCUGUGGGGAGAUGAGGUUUCCCAAAGACCGGGACAGCCGCUGGCCUCAUGCGAGCAGGUACGAGCCCGACGACUACUGGCAGCCGAAGAGACACCGGCCCAACUUUCAGCAAGGGCCAGACUGGCAGGGACCAGACCCACCUUUCCACUCAGACCAAUGGCAGCACUCUCAGGCUUUCCGGGGUCCCCACUGGCCCCCACACCACAAUUUCAACAGGUCUGGGUACUACAGGCCCGCCGGGCCCCCACCUCCUCCCCAUCCCCCACCAGGUUUUGGGCCCCGAAGGAGCACAUACUAUGACUCUCCCGAGGGUGAAAGUCAGUGGGAGCCCCCCCAGUUUCCUCAGGGCCCCAGGUGUCCACCCUUCCUUGGCUUUGGUGGUUACGAUGCUCCCCAGGACCGCGGUCCUCCUGCAUACCCUCCCGAUGGCUUCGAUGGCCGCAGAGAGGACGGGGGGAACGGUUUCUCCUCGUACGGGGAGACUGCCUGGCCCCAGCCUUGCAUGGACUCGGACUGGCGCCAGCACCACAGGCCAGAACCGGGACCGGGACCAGAACCAGAACCAGACCCAGACCCAGACCCGCAGCAGCAGUGGCACCAGCAGCCACACGCGGACUGCGACUAUCGCCCCGCCCCCCUUCUGCUCCUCAUUCUGAUGAGGGGGUUGCCAGGGUCAGGGAAGUCCACACUGGCCAAGAAAUUGCUGUCCUCUGGUCCCAACGGACUGGUUCUUAGCACGGAUGAUUACUUCGUUGAUAACGGAUACGCCUACAAUGCCUCUCUGAUCGGGGAUGCGCACGACUGGAACCAGAACAGAGCCAGAGAAGCGAUGGACGAUGGCCGUUCGCCUGUAAUUAUUGACAAUACUAACAUCCAAGCCUGGGAGAUGAAGCCCUAUGUGAAAAUGGCCAUAGAGAGGAGAUACACCAUAGACUUCCGUGAGCCUGACACCAGCUGGAAGUUCGAUCCUUUUGAGUUGGAGAAGAGGAACAAGCACGGCGUCCCCUCCAAUAAAAUCGCUCAGAUGCGGGAUCGCUUUGAGCUGCCCAUGUCUGUGGACAUUGUGCUGACCUCUCGAGACCCGCCGCACAAGAGCGCAUCGCCGCGCCCGCCGUCGCAGUGCCCGCCGGCUCAGUGCCCGCCGUCGCAGUGCCCGCCGUCUCAGUGCCCGCUGAGGUAGCGACGCUACGCCAUUUUGAUUGCGUUUGAUUUAGACUUUUUUUUUUUUUUUUUUUUUUUAAAUGAAGACACCAGCAUAUUUUCUACAUUUAUACAGAAAUUUCCAAUCUUUACUUUGUUUUUCCAGAUACCUGGAACAUCCGCAAAUUAGUUUCUUACCAAAAUUUUUAAAAAGUGCAUAUACGUGUGAGAACUCUCUGAUUAAUUGCAAAUGGAGGGAUAUCAUGUUAUGUCAUGAAACAUUGCUGUUAAAUCUGUAUGAAUUUGUCUCGUGUGCGCAUAUCACUGUGCACUGUGUCUACUGGUCUGAUAUUGUGUCUGCCGGUCAGCGUGUGUGUAAGCAGUUCCCUGCAGCACGCACUGUAACACAGAGGGUAGGAAGACUCAUUCUCGGCUCAGACUCAGAGUGUGUUCGUAGAGCCGGCCCGUAUGGAACACGAAGGGACACCUUCGGCUAAGAGCGGCCAUUAGUGUUCCAGGAGGACGUGUUCUGAGGGUGGAGUACGUUCCUUAGCGCAGGCUGUGGUUUUGGCGGCCGAGGGCGAGAAAUGCUUUUCCAUUUAGGGUGUCGCUAAUUAAUCUCAUACGUUACAGCCGUGUAGCCGCACAUUAGGGCGUAUAGUAGAAGAGGAGAUGUAAUUCAGAGGGACGGAGGUGUAAAACAGGGCGGCGCUGCAGUCUUGAUUAACUCAAGUUUAGGAAACCAUGCUAGAUUACAUGGGCUAGAGAAGCUAAUACAUCUGUGUGCUGUAGGUGGAAGGGGCCUCAUACAGAAAAUGCUACUGAAGGAAAGAAUGACAUUCUGUGGAAGCCGUUAAACUCAUUGAAACUGCUAUAUGAUGUGAAAGAGAAAUGGGGAAGAAUACAUCACAGUUUAAGGGUUAAAGGUUUUCACAAGUUUUAGAUUUUUCUUUCUGGAGAUUUACUAUAAACCCGCUAGACUCAGCUAUGCUCCAAUCGGUGUUGCCGGUGAAUCUGCUACAGGGCAUAACUAAUGCUUUCUGAAAUUCCAUGACUCUGGUAAAGGGGGGGGGGGGGGGGGGCUCUACUUUUGGUAUAUUACCAAAAAAAAAAAAAACCUUUGGCCCAUCUGCUCAGGGUGGUACCCAAGAGUUCCAUAAAUUGUGUUGCCAGGUCAGUUUUGAAAUAUUCUAGAGGUUUCCAGCAAAUGUUCUCUUAUACCACAUAGCGUCAUUAGAGACAGGCUUUUUCAAAUGCAUUGAGUGAAGAACGUCAAAAUGGCCUAUUCUGGAUUCAAUUAAAAUGUUGCAUAUAUUACUGAUGGACAGUUAUCUGUUACAGGGCAUGGAUAUGUUUCUGCCCUAGUACUACAGUGAGAUGAGUGCUCUUGUUCCUGCUAAAGGUGAGCAUGAGUACACUAGCAGUGACAGCAUGUAGACUCUAUUGGUGUGCCCUUUUGUGUGCUCAAUGCAUUUGAAAAGGCUUGUCUCGGUGACUGAUCCAAAUGCUCCAACAAAGGUUAACUGGCCAAAAGCUUUGCACUAUUAAAAGAUGCUUGUAAUUAAACUAAUUAGUCUUUAAUUAGUUUAUUUUUUAUUUUGUAAUUAGUCUUUUUUUAUUUUUAAAAACUUUGCUUCUUUGUUUGCACACUUUUAAAAAAAAUCUUUGUUGGGCCUGGGUGUGUUUGGCUGUCAGGUGUGCAGACACUCGCUUUACUGCUGUACCCAGUCACUUAAGAGCUCCAUUAUCUGUUUGCACAGUUUGCUUUGAAUUGCAAUACUAAUACAAGGAAUUAAAGCAUUGCUUUUUACGUCACCAACAUGUGGAGAUCCUCUUAGCCUUGGGUAAUUUUUUGAUUUGUAUUAUUAAACAAACAUUAUUCAAUAUAUCAUGGUAUUGUUCAGUAUAUCAUGAUGUUGUCAAGAUUUGUAUGUAUUAAAAUUUUACAUUUUGUUGAUUUUUUGUGAAGAUUUUUUUGUUCCUUGUAAUGUUAGUAUUAAAUACUAGUUUGGCUCCACGCAGUCCUGUCUGUUGAAUAUUUUUCACCCGGAUUGUCGUUGUGUGAUCGACAAACAGUCCAGGAAUCGGGUGUGUCAUGUUUCAAAUAUGUUUCUCGUAAAGAAAUGCAUUGCAUAAUGAGAUGCUCUCAUAGAAGAUUAUCUCUGUUAUUAAGAAUUUCUGACCAAAUGUUUUGCUUUUUAGUCUUUAUGUUUAUCAUGAAUCAUAUGAGGAUGCUUUUUAACAGAACAUAUAGCCUGUUUUUAACAUAUUUUCCCACAGGCCGGGUUAUUUUUGGUUGCUCUUCGUUGAGCCUCUGUUACAGACUUGAGUCUUGAGCUUGAGGCCUGCAAGGAGAAGCAGUCUGCUGUCGCUGCAUAUUUGUAUUUUUGCUAACAGUAAAUUUAUAGAAAUGUUCCACGCCUACACAGGUACAGUAUAGAUUACAUAUUUAUGUGAUACAUUGUUUUUAACACAUUCCAACUCAGUCUGAAUUAUUACAAAACAGCUGACCAUUCUCUCUUGCUAAAAAUUAUUCUUUCAGUGUAAAUAACCAAAGGUAUAUGGGGGAAAAUAAAAUCCUAGUACCAUUUGCAUUAUAUUUACAUUGACAGGUUUUGUAGCUCAUUAAAAAUCAAAAGAGCACUGACUGAAAGGAGGAGUUGAUUCUGAACUUGAUUCUGAGUCUCAAUGUGAUGAAAUAUACGCACAAUAUCAGCUGUAGUAAAAUCAGUUUUUUGUUUUUUCCCAAGCUGUUAUAGCCAUCUAAAAUGUUUUGUACAUUUAAAAAAAACGUUUGGUCUUGGUCAGUGGUGAAAGCAUUGAAUUCUGCUGGGUACUUUGAAGAAGUGUUCAUGUCUCAAAUAUUUUGUUAUAUUAUUUUAAUAAAGACGUUUGCAAACCA